GACAAUUUUUCUCAAAGUUACUAGAUUUGACAAGUGCAAGUGUUUAACCUCAAAAUUCGUGUCGUCUUUAAAAGGGUUUUAAGUGGAAAAAAAUGGGAAAAGGCAUUGUUGGGUUCAUAAAUUAUUGGUAUUUUCGGUACCUUCUGGUCACCGAAUUGUAUAUGGUCGAAAAAUGGGAGAGAGUAAUGUUUCACAUUGUAAUUUUGUUGUUAUUGUCGCUACUUUCCCUUUUUAAUACAACUGUUAUUCUUGGACUUGUGUCUUGGGUGACCCAAAUGAUUUUCUUUCAAAGCUAUUUUGUCGAAACUAAUGAACAACAUUCCCCAAAUGAAGCAAUACAUGGCGAGUUGUAACACCAUAACCAAAGACGUAUUAUAAACAUACUUUUAUUUAUAUCUGCACAUGUUACAAUAAAAUAAUAUAAACAGUUA